UCAGCGCUCGGGGGAGACGCGCAGGAGGAGCGCGGAGAGAAAAUGGAGUCGCAGAGGCUGUGGGAGAGGAAGUGACGUACCCAGCAGCUGCCCUCGGGUACAGGUCAGAGUCAGGAGGAGACAUUCUGUGUUGACAGGCUGCAGGCUUGGCCCACACCAAGGCGCUACUCAAGAUGAGCUCCUCAUCGCUGUUGGAGGAGAGCUCCAUUGAGCCACCAGUGCUGCUGAGUGACAUCAAGACGGAGCCUCCGGAGGAGCUGCUGGCUAGUGACUGCAGCCAGCCCCAGGCUGAGCCGGUUGACCUGUCCCUCAACAAGCCCAAGGCCUCACUGCAGCCCUCCCUGUCGCUGCCCUCCUCCGUCCGCUCCUCGCCCAUGCUGGCAACACCCCCCGUCCAGGCCCCCGUGGUCUCCAUGUCACCCACAGGGCUGGGCUCGUCAUCGGCCAUCCCUGCCGUGCUUUCCCCGGGCUCCAUCCUGGCUUCCACCCAGGGCAGCGGUGGGCAGCAGAUCCUGCACGUCAUCCACACUAUCCCUUCCGUCAACCUUCCCAGCAAGAUGGGCAACCUGCAGACCAUCCCUGUAGUGGUGCAGUCCCUGCCGGUGGUGUACACGACGAUGCCCAGCGACGGUGUCACUGCUGCCAUCACCGUGCCGCUUAUUGGCGGUGAUGGCAAGAACGCCGGCUCUGUGAAAGUUGACCCGAGCUCCAUGUGCCCCGUGGAAAUGAACAGCGACAGUGAAGACAGCACCGUGGAGAGUGGCCCGGCAUUCUUCUCGGACCUGCAGAGAGAGCCCUCGGUGGGACGAAUGCAGCUGGCAGAGUCUCCUGACCUGAAGAAGAGGCGGAUCCACCAGUGUGACUUCGAAGGUUGCAACAAAGUUUACACAAAGAGUUCACACUUAAAAGCACACAGGAGGAUACAUACAGGAGAGAAGCCGUACAAAUGCACCUGGGAGGGUUGCACCUGGAAGUUUGCUCGCUCCGAUGAGUUGACCCGGCACUUCCGAAAGCACACGGGCAUCAAGCCUUUCCGUUGCUCGGACUGCGACCGCAGCUUUUCUCGCUCUGACCACUUGGCUCUGCACCGCCGGAGGCACAUCAUGAUGUGAGGGGGCUCAUUCCUGCCCCCAUUGGCCAGGGAAGGAGGAGAACCAGUCCCCGCAGCAGGCUGAAUUCCUGCCUGACAGUUGUGACUGCUGUGGACAGAGCCUGUUUUCGGAGGGACCGCCCUUCCCCUCCCAGCCCUUGCCAUCCACAGAACUCCAUGGAAGGAGCUACAGCCUGACUGGGGAAGUGCCGGGGACUGCAGGCGUAUGAACAGGCAGGCCUGAUGGAUGCCGUGUUGGUUGGCUGUGGGGCAGUUGCUGCAGCGCGAUCCCGAUGAGGGCUGCUUCUGGCUCCUCCUUUCUUGGUGACGGCUCUUGAGGAUUUCCCUGAGCUUCGGCCCCAUCUCUCCAGGAAGCAGUUUGGAUUUUCAUUCAUUGCAGUUUUGAGUUUUCAAUCCAGGGUUUCUAGUAGUGUACAAACACACCAAA